GAGUAUCAAUGAUGAGCAAACCCGCCGGAUCAACAAGUGGCUGUUUGGAUAUUCUGAAUGUCAAAUCAAGUCGGAUUCUGGACAUCCCCUGCAAAGUGUGCGGCGACCGCAGCUCGGGGAAACACUACGGUGUUUACGCCUGCGACGGCUGCUCGGGAUUCUUCAAGAGGAGCAUCCGCAGGAACAGGACCUACGUCUGUAAAUCCGGCUCUCAGGGCGGCUGUCCCGUGGACAAGACCCACAGAAACCAGUGCCGAGCGUGCCGACUGAAGAAGUGCCUGGAAGUGAACAUGAAUAAAGACGCCGUUCAGCACGAGAGGGGGCCCCGGACGUCCACCAUCCGCAAACAGGUCGCCCUAUAUUUCCGGGGCCACAAAGAGGUGAACGGGUCAUCGACCCAUUUCCCGGGAUCCUCUCUGCCCGGCCCUCCCUUCUUCACCACGGUCACGCAACUGGAGCCCCACAACCUGGAGAUGAGCACAGUAGCCACCACGCCGGAGAGACAGGCCAUCGUGGGUCUGGCACAGCCCACCCCGAAGUAUCCCCACGAAGUCAGCGGCACCCCCAUGUAUCUCUACGAGGUGGCCACGGAGUCUGUGUGCGAGUCGGCGGCGCGCCUCCUGUUCAUGAGCAUCAAGUGGGCAAAAAGCGUUCCCGCAUUCUCCACGCUCCCUUUAUCUGACCAGCUGAUUCUGCUGGAGGACGCUUGGAGGGAGUUAUUCGUCCUGGGCAUCGCGCAGUGGGCCAUUCCCGUGGACUCCACUACUCUUCUCGCCGUUUCGGGGAUGAACACUGAAAACACAGAGUCUCAGCGGAUGAAUAAGAUCAUGUCUGAGAUCCAAGCACUUCAAGAGGUGGUCACCCGGUUCAGACAGAUGCGUCUCGAUGCAACAGAGUUCGCCUGUUUGAAAUGUAUCGUGACAUUCAAAGCCGUUCCUACGCAUGGCAGCACCGAGUUAAGAAGUUUCCGCAACGCCAGCGCCAUCGCCGCACUGCAGGACGAGGCGCAGCUCACCCUCAACAGUUACAUACACACCAGGUACCCGACCCAGCCCUGCCGCUUCGGCAAGCUGCUCCUGCUCCUGCCCGCGCUCCGCUCCGUCGGCCCGUCCACCAUAGAGGAGGUGUUCUUCAAGAAGACCAUCGGGAACGUGCCCAUCACCCGGCUCCUCUCCGACAUGUACAAGUCCAGCGAUAUAUGA